UGUAAUUCUGCAUUGAAUCAAAUGCACAUUUAAUUCUAUUUGCUUUUAUUUUGAACGAAAUUCUUUUGAAACAAUGCUAACGCAAGUGUUGGUGUUUGUGGCUAUGCUCGGAGUGGCAUUAGCUCAUCCCGGUGGCUAUGGUGGAGGUGGUCAUGGAGGCCAUGGUGGUAGCGGUGGUGGUGGUGGUCAAGUUGGCUAUGGCAGUGGUCAACAAGGCGGUGGCCAUGGAUUAGAACAAAAUGCAGGCUAUGGUGGUGGUCAUCAGGGUGGAGCUGGUGGUUUUGGUGGUGGUCAUCAGGGUGGAGCUGGUGGUUUUGGAGGUGGCCAUCAGGGUGGUUCUGGUGGUUUUGGAGGUGGUCACCAGGGAGGUGCUGGUGGUUUCGGAGGUGGUCACCAGGGAGGUGCUGGUGGAUUUGGUGGUUCACAUCCAGGCGGAUUCGCUGGUCCACAAGGUGGUCAUGUUGGCGGAGCGGGUAAUUUCGGAGGUUCACAUCCCGGCGGCUUCGCUGGACCACAAGGUGGUCCUCAAAGUGGAUAUGGUGGUGGAUUUGGAGGCCCACAGGGUGGACAUGGUCAUGGUGGUAGUUUUGGCGGUUCACAAGGUGGAGGUCAUGGUCAUGGUGGACAUGGUCAUGGUGGGCAUGGCCAUGGUGUUGAUCAGGGUGGUUAUCAAAGACAUGGUUACUAAAUCCAAAGAGUUAUAAAAUAAUGUUAUAACUUAAAUGAAAUUAAUUAUUGCUAAUAAGACACAUAAGUAGGAGAAUUUGCACUCACUAAAAAAUUUAGAAAUUUGUUUAAAAAAUAUAUUUUAAAAUAUAUUUAUAAAUGUAUUAUUUUAUUAUUAACUAGUUGAGCGGGCGGAGCGGGCCCGGCUGCGCCUUCAUUUACUUUAUAUGAAGCAAAAUUUUCCUUUGAAUAUUUAUUUUCGACAAUUAAAGAGCUUUUAGUGAGAUACCAUUCUACGAAAAUAGUAUAUCGCUUGAUCUACAGUUUAACAAUAUAACUGCCUUUAUCUGAAUCCCAUAUGACCUUUAAGUUUGGAUGUAAGGUGUACUCCAUUCUUAAAAUACUUUAUUUCAGGCCGAUAUUCUCAUGAUAUCUGAUUUAGGGGUGUUUUCGGGAGUGAGGUGGUCCC